UCUUUCAGCUGUAACCUGCUUAGAAUACAGACAGAAGCAACUGCUGUGGUAGCAGCUACUUAGCCGUUUCCUUGCUGACAGCAGCAGCAACAAAGCACUGGAGUAGAUAGGAAAUGCUGGAACAGAAAUGAGAACAGAAGAAAAGAAAAGACUCCCUAUGGUCCCUACUGAGACUUUAGCAACAGAAAAACGCAGCCACAAGGGGAAAAAAACAGCUGUCUAUGUGUAUAUACACUCACACAACUGAGAAACUGAUAAGAAGUUCAUGCUGUUUACUUCUACAGCUGCAGAUUUUACCCUGGUUACUUACACUGUGUAUUUUUUCUAUUUCUGAAUGCAAUGAAAAUAAGGAGGAAAGGCAAGUUGUCAGCAUUGACAUGUUACUGAGAAAUGCAAUGCCAGUUUCAUUUUAUAAAAUACAAGAAAAAGUCUCUGGAUGCUAGUUGUCACACACAAGGUGUUCUUGGCGUUUUGUAUUCUUUUGGUCAGCAACAUUUUUGCCAUAUUUUCCAAGGUUUGUGAAACUACAGAACUCUAAAACAAUUCAACUGGAAGAAAUCUGCAGUGUUUUUUUAUUUCCAAAGUGUCAUUUACCCUCAUCUCCCAAAAAUAAGAGAUCACAAGACAUUAUUUUCCAGAACUUGUGGACUAUAUCCAAUCAUGUCAGAAGAAUGCCGAUCACCAAUAGGCCUUGACCGCUGCAACUGUUGCCUGGAUCUGGCAAAUGAGAAUGUAGAAAAUGACACCAGUGGUGGUGGUGGCAGUGGCAAUAACAACCUUGGCAGUCCAACUGUGCCCAACUUCCGGCAGUUGCGGGAUCAACUGAUGUUUGAGAACUUCAACACAGACAAGCUAAACAACAUAAUGAGGCAGGAUUCCUUGGAGUCUGUGGUACGAGAUCCCUGCUUCCUUCUAAAUGAGGGUAUCUGCAACAGAAACAUUGAUCAGACACUGUUGUCAAUCCUUCUACUUUUCCACAGAUUCCAUGUACCUCCUGGAGAAGAAAAUGACCUCUCACCAGACAAUGCUUCUGGAGCAAGUGUUGUGGCCAUUGACAACAAGAUUGAACAAGCAAUGGACCUUGUAAAAAAUCACUUAAUGUAUGCAGUACGAGAAGAGGUGGAGGUCCUGAAGGAGCAGAUCAAGGACUUGGUAGAGAAGAACAGUCAGCUUGAGCGGGAAAACAGCCUGCUGAGGACACUAGCCAGUCCAGAGCAGCUAGAAAAAUUUCAAGCCCGUUUACCUCCUGAGACCCCCGAGAAGCAGCCUGUGACCCCAAAGGAUGCAUCACCACAUGCAAGCGGCUCUGCUGUAUAAGUGGCUCUGUCUUGGGGUGGGCAGAGCCACCAGACAUUUAUUUUGUAUGACCCUUCAUUUCCCUAAGCAUUGUUGCACGUGGAAAAAUGUACAGCGUCCGAUAGCUGGGCAGCAGCCGGUUGUUGGUAGAUGUUCCAAUGGCACAAGACUGUUUUUUUCUGUGUAUUAAGACUGUUUUCGAUCAAGCACUAGAGGUUGCAUUGGGACUUGGCUGACAAAAUGAAGUUGGGGCUCCCGCUUCCUGCCCACUCUCCUCCAGGGGCAUUAAGGAUAAUAAAGGAGAGGUUGCUGCAGGUGGCAGGAGCAAGUUUUGGCAGCAGUGGACAUCGCAAGGGUUCGCCAUGAGGUACACUGCUAUGGCUUACCAUGCUGCUUUCCCAGUAGAACAGUUUUGAGAUGAUCAGAAGUUUAAACAUGCUGGCAACCAACAUCCAGACCCCCCCCCUUUUUUUUUUUACUUUAUGAAAGCUCCCAAUGCAAAAGGUUAUGACGGACUUGACAGUGCUGUUCAUUAUUGUAUAAUGAGGCAUGGCUUCUAGACUUUGACGUUUUUGGGGCUUUACCACUUGGAGUUACAAGAUGCCCUUUUUUGUUCAGGUAUCCAUCCUUUUAGAGAUGUUCGUCUAAUUUUGGUGGAAAGGACUUUUGUAUAGAGCUUAACAGCCGUGAGGAAUUAUUUACUAUUACCAACGGAACACAGAUGGUAUGCAGACACAGCUUGGUGGAUUGGUUUCACUUUAAGUAUUUUGCUCUGAGGAAAAAGCUGGUAACGAACAGUUAAAUAGAAACUGAAAGUUAACAGAAUAUAUAUUUUUUCUGCUAACGGAUGUAUUACUAGCUUUUAUUAGCUACCAAAGACUUUUAUUUGGUCCUUUUAAAAAGGACCAUGGUGCUGUUUUCAGUGAAACUUUUCCAGAAACAGAACUGUAGCACCACCAAUUUCACUGCAAUCGUGUUUUUGACUGUGGUAUCUGAGCAUAUAAACAUGGCUGUAAGAGUACGAAGAUGACAAUUUUGCAAUAAAUGUUCUUUAUAUAUA